CAAGUCCCUCCCACCACAAAGCAAAUUAGAGCUAUUUUUCUCUCCAAAUUUUGUAUAACAAUGGUUUCUAAGUCAUUAUUUACACUUUUAUGCAUUCUUCUUCUCUCCAUUUCUGCACAGAGCUACACUCGUCGUGCUCGCACUCCUUGUAAAGAAAUGGUGUUUUACUUUCAUGACAUUGUUUACAAUGGUAAAAAUUAUAAAAACGCGACUUCAGCUAUAAUUGACGCACCAGAAUGGGGAAACAGGACCAUAAUGGCAAGUCCUAACAAUUUUGGGGACUUAAUUGUGUUUAAUGAUCUAAUUACGCUUGACAACAAUUUACAUUCACCCCCGGUUGGAAGGGCACAAGGCAUGUAUUUUUACGAUCAAAUGGACACUUUUAGUUCUUGGCUUGGUUUCUCUUUUGUGUUCAAUAAUACUGAUUAUAAAGGAAGCUUGAAUUUUGCUGGUCAUGACCCUUUGAUGAACAAAACUAGGGAUAUUUCAGUAAUUGGUGGAACUGGUGAUUUUUUCAUGGCUAGAGGAAUAGCAACUUUGAGCACUGAUGCAUUUGAAGGAAGUGUUUAUUUUCGACUUCGCGUCCACAUUAAGUUGUACGAGUGUUGGAAAUUGCUCUAGUUCAUCAUUUUUUUUUUCUUGAUUUGCAUUUAAUUAAAUAUUUCUUUACUUUUUAUUUUGUUGUGUUUUUCCAUGAGUUGUAUUUUGGGUGGUUUUUGAUUGUUUUUCAGCCUUCUAUUUUUGCACGGAAGUUUCAAUUUAAGAUAAGGCCUUCAUAGUGCA